AUGUCUAACGAGUCAAGAACCCUUUACGUGGCGCAGAAGGGAGAGGCAGUUCCAUGGGAAGUACCUGUGCAAAAGCUCCGCCACGGCGAAGUACAGGUCAAAGUUAAAGCAGUCUCAAUUAACCCGGUCGACGCUGAGCACGUGGCGAGCAGGGCUAGUGAGGGGUGCGGCGUUGGAUGCGAUUUCGCUGGUGUGGUCUCCAAUAUUGGUGAGGGAGUCACUUCUGUCAAAGUGGGCGAUACCGUCGCUGGUGGUGUUGGCGGUAGCAAUGUCGAUGCCAAAAUGGACGGCGCUUUUUCUGACACUAUCCGGGUCAAGGCGGAAGGGCUGUUCACGUUCCCCCAGCCAUUGGCAUCCGACAAAAGCAACAGCAUCCCUGCCGGUCCUAUCAAGUCGUUUGAACAAGCCGCUUCGUUGGGUGUGGGCCUGGGAACUGCCGUGAUGUCGCUGGCCUGGUACGACCAUUUACCAAUUAAAAAAGAUUCGUGCCACGGAUAUGCUGUAGUAUACGGUGACCUGAGUGCGCUCCAAUACAUGAUUAUACAAGUCACGCAAUUUUUGGGCUUUAAGGUGAUAGCCGUUUCGUCCAAAAACGGCGAGAAGCUGCUCAAAGAUGCCGGAGCCUCAGAUAUCGUCGGCUACAACGACGCUGACUGGAAGGACCAAGUGCGAGCGAUUGGCGGCAAUCAAAUCAGUCUUGUCUAUGAUUGCACCUCUAGUUCCGAGACAGUUGUUGAUGCCUACUCUUUGAUCACCUCUCAGGAACAAUCGUACGUCAAUUUCUUCCACCCUUUCAACCGUCCUGAACUUCGAGCCGAAAGUUUGAAGGACAAUGUCCGGUUGGCCGCGCCUAGCUAUUUCACGCUUCACCAAGACGUUAAAAAGUUUGGAACAAGCCAUUCCAUCACGGCCGAGCCUGGUCUUAUUGAAGCCAGGGAGGACAUCUUUGCCUCGAUCAAUAGUCUUCUGGAAAAUCAAGCCAUUGUUGCUCCACCUAUCACCGUUAUCGGUAAUGGGAUCUCCAGCAUCCCUGAUUUGUUCAAAGAGCUUGAGAAGGACUCUGACGGUACCAAGCUUGUGAUCCGCCUGUAG